UUCUCCAUGGCGAACAACACCGAGCUCUGGCUGGUAUACCAUCAAACUUCCCGCACAAGCAAGCCGGCCACCGCCCAGCUCAUCGACCUGGAGCUCCAACAUCCGCUCACGGAUCUCGAGGAUGUCCUCGAGCACAUCUUCCAGCAAGGCUUCGUCGACGCGAAGUAUCGGUCUAUGACCUGGUGGGAGCAGCAUGAUGGUGUGAGCGUCAAGGCGACUCAUGGUGUGCAGGAGCUGUUGAAGCUCGGAGUCGGGCGCAGCCCUGAGACCGCGUUGCGUCUUGUCAUCGCCGACCGACCUCCAGCGCUGUGGUUCACCUACGUGUUCCUGCGCACGCCUCGCGCACAGGCGGCCACGCAACGCGUCAAGCUCGAUGCGCCGAACCUGAAGUGCGAGCGGCUCGCGCAUAUCACGAACCACAUCUUCGCCAAGGGGUAUCUCCCCGCCAACUAUCGCUCGCUUGUGCAUUGGCAGGGCGCGUGUGGGAAGCAGGUGGAUGAGAACGCGAAGGUGGAGGAUCUGCUGUCAUGGGGCGAGGGUGUGUCGGAGGAUAAGUCGCUCCGUCUCAUUAUCGACCACUGAAUCUUCUGGGGAUGUGGCGGCUAUUUUCUCGAGUGGUUUUGGACGUUCGUUGCACGUUGUUUCACACGGACAUCUCGCUCCUUUGCACUGUCGCUCGUUUACUUCGAAAUGUGUUCUCCGUUC